AUGCUUCUCUCGAAAUCAAUGAAAAUUUCAAUACUCGGUGCCAACAAUGAGACCGGUAGAUUUUUAUCACUGCUUCUGAAACGAUCCUGCCUGAUAGACGAGAUUUCGUUAUACGAUAGGGAGUCAACGCACUAUCUCGCAUCGGAGCUCAAUCAGAUUGACACGAGAUGCAAAGUCACGACGUAUCCGCACAACGAGGAAUGCCUGACUCAAACGCUGCAGGAUGCAAAAGUGGUAAUUCUCGUAGCUGGGAAAAAUCUUAAAUACGAAUUGACAUCGACGGAAUUACUCGAGUCAAACGCCGAGAUCUUGUCGGAUUUACUGCCGAAUGUCAUUAGAAGCUGUCCUCGGGCGAUGAUAGCGAUCGCGAUGCAACCGAUUAACAGUUUAAUACCCAUAGCGGUAGAAAUGUAUAAGAAAGCUGGUAUCUAUGAGUACAAACAUAUCUUUGGAGUGAACACACUCGAUUGCGUAAGAGCAAAUAGUUUUGUCGCAAAAAUGGUGAAUAUAGCACCAGAAUGUGUAAUGGUGCCGGUUAUCGGAGGAUGCUGUCCAUAUACUUGUAUUCCUCUCUUCUCGCAAAUGAAACCACAUGUCUACUUAUCAGCGAAAAAUAUGAAGGAUUUAAUCAAUUUCGUGAGAGAAGCUGACGAAGAAGUUUCAAAAGCCAAUAAUGGAAACGUUUCGAUAUAUGCAUCAGCUUUUGCCAUAGCUAGAUUUUGCAUUUCCCUUUGCAAAGCGAUACGACAACAAAGUGGAGUAGUGGAAUGUGCUUACGUUCGUUCCUGCGUAAUACCGGAAGUGACAUACUUCGCUUCCCAACUCGAGUUAGGUCCAAACGGUAUCCAAAAGUACCUUGGUAUUCCACCUAUCAACGACGACGAAUGUAAACUACUGCUCGACGCGAUACCUGUUUUAAUAAAAGCUAUUAAUCAAGGCGAGGUAAUCAAUAAAUUCGUAUGUAAAAGACCGUUCUAUUGUUUAUUAAAAAUAAUUUCUUAUCAUUUUGUCCUAUUUAUUCUUAUACAGACAUUAGCUCUUGGAUCUAAAUCGUCAACGGAGAAGUGUCCCGUCUAUCCCGAUGUUUGUCAUCGUGCGCUCACACCGUCUUACAUUCGUUGAAUUUGAUCGAGAUUUUAUAAUAUUGUAUAAGUAAUCGCAAA